UGAAAAAAUAUAACCAUUCAGAAGUCAAACAAUCAUCGACCCUGACAAUAGCCGUCAUGGAAUUCUUUCUUUGUAUAAAUUUCAAUGUGACACGCUUAAGUGCACGAGAGCGUAUUAUUUUGUAAGAAGACUGCAGUAAUUAUUGCUCUAAGUUAGGAUAACUUAUAUACACGGGUGUUAUUUUCUUGCAUAUUUCUGAAAUACGGUAUCCGAACCCGAGUUGUAGAUACGUCUUGAUAUAGGUUGGUGCGUAUGCAGGUACCUCCGUAUGUCUUGCUGAGGUUGGCUGAAGAAACUUUGAGUGAGUUUAGGACAUUUAUUGUCAAAAAAUGAAUAGAACAGUGGCAAUAGAAGGAAAGGCAAAAGUCUACACACGACUUAUAUGCAUUUUAAUAGGAAUUUCAAUAGAUUCCUUGUCUUCGUUAACAAUAAAAACAUUAACUCCAAGAUUUGUUACUUUUACCGAUUGCGCGAAUACCACAUGUCCGAAAGCUAUAACGACAGUGCCGGAGAUGCAAGUGUACGGAUUAAGUAUCGUGUUUGCUAGUCCGGAAGCAAUGCACAUACUGACAUUGCCAUUUGCUAGAAUGGUAUUCGAGUCAACUGGAUUCGAUCUCCCGCUAAUUAUUGGGUUAUUCGCCCAAGCAUGCUCUUCGUUAUGUUUCGCUUUUGGUAAAAGUAUGGCUUUGUAUAUAAUCGCACGCGUAUUCCUUGGCGUAGGGGCGGCGUUUAUAGGGACGAUAGGACUACGUUACAUUGCCGAAUCAACGAAUGAACCAAAAACUCGUGACGCACUGUUCGCUCUUGUGUAUUGCCUUAAUGGUUUUGCAGUCAUUGGGCCGACGUAUUCAGGAGUCAUUGUUUAUUUUUAUGGCAUGCUUCCGUGCUUCCUUCCCCUUGCUAUAUUGUCUUUUCUUUGCAUUAUCAUUCUCGUAGCAGUGACCCGAAUACAGACGAAUGUUUCCGAAUCUGUAAUGACGUGGUAUCGAAACACAGACGAGAAUGUGUCAUGUGGAGAACUCUUACUAGAUCCAUACGUAGUUUUGACCGCAUUUGGAAUUGCCUUGUCACAGAUACCUGAAGCAUGUUUAGCUCCUGGAUUAGCACUGUGGAUCACAGAGACGUACGGUUUGCCAAUAUGGAUAAUAGGCAUGGCAUUCAUUCCCGCGUUUUUUGCGUACCAGGUAAGUAUACUGUUGUCCAUGCUGGUCACGUCGAAGAUACCAAAUCACGUGUACAUAAUAACCAUAUUUGGAUAUAUUUUCGGAGCAGGUGGCAACGUAAUUUUGUCAAGGGACAGAGGCUACCCAUAUUUCGUAGCUGGUUUAGCUAUCAUGGUAUUUUCACUAACAAUAUCCAAAUUUUGCUUAGUUGCGAUACUUGCUUCAGUUGGCAGAAUUCGGUUUUCAUCGUCACCCGGUCGGAUUUUCUCGGUAUUCAAAUUAAGUGCACUAGUACCCUUUGUUAUAGGACCCAUCAUAUCACUACCAGGAGAUCGAGCCAUCGGGCUCUCUAAUGUGUCAAUCAUUACUGCUUCUAUGUGUUUACUAUUUGCACCGUUGAUAUUUAUUCUGCGACAGAUUUCCAGUCCGUAUUCAGGGAAUGAAGGAAAACGAUUGGUUGAAAAGAAAGCCAGGCCGUAUGUGGACGAAUCCGAUGCAUCAUAUGACACAUCGAAAGAAACGACCGAAUCGGAAAAUGAAAUUCCAGAUUGAGAGUGUUAAUUGGUGGAGCCAGUGUGCCAAUGAGGGACGGGGAGGGAAUAACAGAAGAAGCCACAUUUCGUUGGGGAAAACUAAUUUGAAAAUGCAAUUUAAAAUUGAACACUGAAAUAAUUUAAAAAAUAUGAUCAAUAAUUCAUUAAAAAAAAACAAAAAAACCCACCAUAAUUUGCAACUUCACAAGUGAAAAGACAAGAACUUCAGAGUUAGCGAAUGGUCUGAUUGCAAAAUGUAAAAAUAUAGUUAUGUCAAUUUUCAUUAUUAUAAUUUUAAUUGAAAUAUUAUAUGGGUGAGACUGGCUUUCAAUAAUGCUGAUUAAAUGUAUACAUAAAAUAGUCCUACUAAUCGAUAAGUUAUUUAAAUAUACCUAACCAGAAUGUAGUAAAAUGUGAUGGUUAUGAAAUUGUGGCUCUAUCUUCAAUGGACCUUUCCGCUAAGCCCCACCCCUUGGAUAUUGUUGCUAAGGUCCCACAAGGCGACAGUGUUAAAACAUAGGCGAACACGUGCGUUAGUGGGAAAACACGUGUGUUUGUGAGACGCGCGCGUAUUCCUAGCGCUGUACUGAUUAGUCAGUUGUUAAGUUUGAUUGACACUCCGGAAAGGUCAAUUAAAGGGCGGGUCAGUGAUACUUUAAGUAGCUCCGAAAGUUUAAUACUGAGUGGAAAUUUGUGUAAGGGUGCUCUUUUAUAUUAUAACUUUGAAAUUAAUAAAUGAUUUUAUCAUUAAUCUAUA